CAAUAUUCCAUUUGAUUUUAGGCUUAUCUCUAAAGGACCCUCCCCAUCAUUUCUGGUGGAAAAUAUGUUUAAUUAAAGCUAUACAUUGCCUAUCAAUCUUCGAAUAUGAAUCGUGAUUGCCACUACUUUCUCUGUUUAUCGAGUCCUGGGAGUUUUGGUCUCCUCCAAGUUUCAUAGUCUCACGAUUCUUCUAAUUGAACUCAAACACUGCUAUAUAAUCCAUUCCUCACUGCAAAAAUCUCCAUUGCCUUCAUCUUUCCUUUCAUUUCUCAGAUUCUCAUUAAUUUGUUAAAGUAAAAAGAAGGAAUUUGUAGCCAAAAAACUGAGAUCAUGCUGAAAAGCCAUAAGCACAAGUUUAAGCCUGAAAAUCCAUGGUUUCUGGCCAUGGCUAUGGUGGUAUUGAUCAGCAGCGCGUUGCUUAUUGCUUCAUUUUUAAGAGGAAAUGCUUCUUCUAUAGUAUUUUGUAAUGGUGGUCCACGGCGGCCGGCCAACGCCGCGAACGGGACGGAGCUCCAGCUUGAGGCCAUUCUCCAUUACGCGACUUCGAAAGUGAUCCCACAGCAAACAAUUGAUGAGAUCAGACUCUCUUACGACGUUCUCAGAUCUCUUUCUCCCUGCAAUUUCCUCGUGUUCGGACUGGGUCACGAUUCCCUCAUGUGGGCUUCUUUCAACCCUCGCGGAACCACCUUAUUCCUCGAGGAGGAUCCUAAGUGGGUCCAGACCGUACUAAAAAACGCCCCUGGCCUCCACGCCAACACUGUCAACUACCGCACCAAGCUCUCCCACGCCAACGACCUCCUCUCGCACUACCGCAAUGAACGGGACUGUUCGCCGACAAAAUCUUUCAUCCGCGGUAAUAGCAGAUGCAAAUUAGCACUGAAUAUGCUACAGGACGAGGUGUACGAUAAGGAGUGGGACAUUAUAAUGAUUGACGCGCCGCGUGGGUAUUUCCCAGAAGCGCCGGGGAGGAUGGCAGCUAUCUACUCCGCCGCCGUGAUGGCAAGGAAUAGGAAAAGUCCCGGCGUUACCCACGUGUACUUGCAUGACGUGGAGCGCAAGGUGGAGAAGGUUUACGCAAAAACCUUCUUGUGUAAGAAGAAUCUGGUGAAGGCUGUGGGGAGGCUAUGGCAUUUCGAGAUUCCACCAACUACUACCAUGAACAGUACAUUUUGCUAGAAUGCGCCCCCAGUGCUCAUGUUAUCAUGUGGGGAUUAGUACUUCCUUUCCGACAGUCCCCACUUUCCCGUGAUUACAGAUUACUCGAAAUUCAUUAGCAAGUCGGCGUUUCGUUUACAUUAAAGUAAAGUUUUUAGUAUAUUUUAAUAAAAAUUAAUAAAAAUGUUUGAAUAAAAAGUAUAAAAAUUAGAGUCUAAUGAAGGAUGUAGUUAAAAAUAACUUUGAAAAAAAAUGGAGACAAAAAAAUUUAGGGGGUAUUUGAGGGCAAUUUUUACGUAAAAAUGCAUUUUAGAAUGGUAAUUUGAUGGGAAGUGUGUGAUUGAAA